GGCGGAGCGAGUCCAAAAUGGCGGCUCUCAGGCUGGCGCGCUCCGUGCUGCUGAGGCUUUGAGGUGGUCGCUCGGGGCCGGAGGGGGACGAUUUCCCCGCCGCGGGGCCCCCAGAGAAUGAAUCGGGGGCUCUGCUGAAGCGAGACGGCAGGGCUGGAGAGCAGUGGCAGCAAAGGGCUGCGGUGGCGUCCACGCAGCGGGAUGUGCGAGAGUUACUCCAGGUCGUUGUUGAGGGUCUCGGUGGCGCAGAUCUGCCAGGCUCUGGGCUGGGACUCGGUGCAGCUCAGCGCCUGCCACCUUCUCACCGACGUCCUGCAGCGCUAUCUGCAGCAGCUGGGCCGGGGCUGCCAUCGGUACUCUGAACUCUAUGGCCGAACAGACCCCAUUUUGGAUGAUGUUGGUGAAGCCUUCCAACUUAUGGGGGUUAAUCUGCACGAACUAGAAGACUAUAUUCAUAAUAUUGAACCUGUCACUUUCCCACAUCAAAUUCCUUCUUUUCCUGUUAGCAAGAACAGUGUCCUUCAGUUUCCUCAGCCAGGAAGUAAAGAUGCAGAGGAAAGAAAAGACUACAUUCCGGAUUACCUGCCCCCCAUUGUGUCUUCUCAAGAAGAGGAGGAAGAGGAGCAGGUGCCCACUGAUGGGGGCACCUCAGCAGAAGCUAUGCAGGUGCCCUUGGAAGAAGACGAUGAAUUGGAGGAGGAGGAAGUCAUCAAUGAUGAGAACUUCUUGGGUAAGAGGCCACUGGACAGUCCUGAAGUGGAAGAAAUGCCCUCCAUGAAGCGCCCACGACUCCUGAACUCUAAAGGGGACUCCCUAGAUGUUGUGUUGUUAGAAGCACGAGAACCUCUCAGCUCAAUAAAUCCACAGAAGAUCCCACCAAUGCUUUCUCCUGUGCAUGUCCAGGACAGUACGGAUCUGGCCCCUCCAUCCCCAGAGCCCCCCAUGCUGGCUCCAUUUGCAAAGUCACAACUACCAAUUGCAAAGCCAUUAGAAACAAAACCAUUUACACCGAAAACAAAGACUAAAGCUAGCUCUCCCGGUCAGAAAACUAAAUCACCCAAGGCUACCCUAUCACCAGCAAGGCUUGGAAGUCCUAUUCGGUCACCAAAAACCAUCCCCAAAGAAAAGAAAUCACCUGGACGUUCUAAGAGCCCCAAGAGUCCUAAGAGCCCCAAGCUUGUAACCCAUGCUCCCCAACCCCCUGUCAGACCUGAAACACCAAAUAGGACCCCUUCAGCUAUGGUGGUUGAAAAAACUGUUAAGGAGACUAUCCCAGUGAAACCAACACAGAUGCCCCCGGAAACUGGGAAACUGAACAUUGAAAUGCAGCUGAAAAAAGGUGUUGUGACAGACAAAACCAUCGAUGACUCCAUCGAUGCUGUGAUUGCACGAGCCUGUGCAGAGCGGGAGCCAGACCCUUUCGAGUUUUCUUCCGGAUCAGAAUCCGAAGGAGACACUUUUACGAGUCCUAAGAGGAUUUCAGCGUCAGAGUGCACCACUCCGAAAGCUUCCACUUCCUCCAAUAACUUUACUAAGUCCCUCGCUACUCCUCUGCCUCUCUCUGGCGGAACCUCCAGUUCGGAUAACUCGUGGACAAUGGAUGCCUCUAUUGAUGAGGUGGUACGGAAGGCAAAGCUGGGAGCCCCUUCCAACAUGCCUCCCACCUUCCCCUAUAUCUCGUCUCCCUCCAUUUCUCCUCCUACUCCUGAACCUCUGCACAAGGGGUAUGAGGAGAAAGCCAAGCCGCCGCCUUCCGUGGAUGUGAAGAAGAAGCUGAAAAAAGAACUGAAGACUAAGUUGAAAAAGAAAGAAAAGCAGCGAGACAGAGAGAGGGAGAGAGAGAGAAACAAAGAAAAAAGCAAAGAGAAGGAUAAAGUGAGAGAGAGGGAGAAGGAAGCUGGAAAGGAGGUUAAGUACCCAUGGAAGGAGUUGAUGAAAGACGAAGAGUCCGAUCCCUAUAAGUUUAAAAUCAAAGAAUUUGAAGACAUUGAUGCGAAAGUGCGAUUGAAAGAUGGGAUCGUGAGGAAAGAGCGAGAGAAGCAUAAGGACAAGAAGAAAGACCGAGAAAGAAGCAAGCGGGAGAAAGAUAAGCGAGAAAGGGAAAGGCUUAAAGAAAAAAGCAGAGAAGACAAGAUAAAGGCCCCUCCAACGCAGCUGGUGUUGCCCCCAAAAGAAAUGGCACUGCCUCUGUUCAGCCCUGCAGCAGUGAGGGUCCCGGCCAUGCUGCCGGCCUUCUCGCCAAUGCUCCCGGAAAAACUGUUUGAGGAAAAAGAGAAGCCCAAGGAGAAAGAAAGGAAAAAGGACAAAAAGGAGAAGAAGAAGAAGAAAGAGAAGGAGAAGGAAAAGGAGAAGAAAGAGAAGGAGAGGGAGAAGGAGAAAAGGGAGCGAGAGAAGAGAGAGAAAGAAAAGGAGAGACACAAGCAUGAAAAAAUAAAAGUGGAGCCCGUCAUCCCAGCCCCAAGUCCAGUUAUCCCCAGGUUGACUCUUCGAGUUGGCGCUGGCCAGGACAAGAUUGUCAUCAGCAAGGUGGUGCCAGCCCCGGAGGCUAAGCCCGCUCCUUCUCUGAACAGACCUAAAACCCCGCCUCCAGCCCCUGUCCCUAUUCCUGUCCGAGUGAGCCCUACUCCGCUGCCGCCACCACUCCUCGCCCAGGCUGCGGUGUGCCCUGCCCUGGUGCCAUCCCCAGCCCCUGCCCUCUCUGCAGCAGGGAGCGCCAAAGCCCCAGUGCGGAGCGUCGUGACUGAGACGGUCAGCACUUACGUGAUCCGUGAUGAGUGGGGCAAUCAGAUCUGGAUCUGUCCAGGUUGCAACAAGCCAGAUGACGGCAGCCCAAUGAUUGGCUGUGACGACUGUGACGAUUGGUACCACUGGCCCUGUGUGGGAAUCAUGGCUGCUCCUCCAGAAGAAAUGCAGUGGUUCUGCCCGAAGUGUGCCAACAAGAUAAAGAAAGACAAGAAGCACAAGAGGAGGAAGCACGGGCAUUGGCGUCACGUGGGCACGUCCGCGUGGCGAUUGACGCGUCGCGUGGGCACGACUGCUGCGGGCACCGGGCGCACUUGA